AUGGCUCCCGCUCCCCGUGUCUACUCCAAGACCUACAAGGUCCCCCGUCGCCCCUUCGAGUCGGCCCGUCUUGACUCGGAGCUGAAGAUUGUCGGCGAGUACGGCCUGCGCAACAAGCGUGAGGUGUGGCGUGUCCAGCUUACCCUCUCCAAGAUUCGUCGUGCUGCUCGUGAGCUCCUCACUCUUGACGAGAAGGACCCCAAGCGUCUGUUCGAGGGUAAUGCUCUGAUUCGCCGUCUCGUGCGCAUCGGUGUGCUCGAUGAGUCCCGCAUGAAGCUCGAUUACGUCCUGGCCCUCAAGGUCGAGGACUUCCUGGAGCGCCGUCUCCAGACCUGCGUGUACAAGCUCGGCCUCGCCAAGUCCAUCCACCACGCCCGUGUCCUCAUCAAGCAGCGUCACAUCCGCGUCGGCAAGCAGAUCGUCAACGUCCCCUCGUUCAUGGUCCGCCUCGACUCCCAGAAGCACAUCGACUUCGCUCUUACCUCGCCCUUCGGUGGCGGCCGUCCCGGCCGUGUUCGCCGCAAGAAGGCCGCUGCCGCCGCUGGUGGUGACGCCGAGGAGGAGGAGGAUGAGGAGUAA